AUGGAUGUCGCUGGUCUUGCAAUCGGUAUUGUGAGUCUCUACACAGCAUGUCGGGACUGUUAUAAUUUCUUCACAACCGUGAAUGCAGCCCAGACAGAAUCUUCAGCUCACCUGCGCGAGCUGGAAAUUCAGCAAUCAAUUCUCAAAGCCUGGGGCUUCCAUUGGCAGAUUCAGAAUGAAGAGGACAGCAACCCGGGGCACUCCGAUCAUACCAGACGAAAGAGGUCAAAGCUUCAUGCGUAUCUUUUGAGCAACCGAUUCAAGGCAGAAGGCGUCUUCAAAACUCUUUCUGCUCUGGCAGAUACACUGUCCGACCAGAAGAAAUUGACCAAGCGCUAUGGCAUCCAGCUUCAACCAACCAAGACCAUCCAGGACGGAUCACAACCAACGCAGGAUGUCGGAUUGAUCAUCCCGGAUGCUAAAAUUGAGGACGUCGAGCCAGUCCUCUGUGAAGUCAGAAACCGUCUCACGGUGCUUAAUAAGCUUAAAUGGGCUUUGAAAGAUAAGGACAACUUCAAGAAACUUAUCGCCGACCUGAGAUCUCAUAGCGAAUCUCUCUAUCGCCUCUGCCCCGAGAAUGCAUUCGAGUCCAUGAACAUAUAUCUCACUAUGGAAUGCUUGGCCAGACAGGAGUCGCCAGACGGUCUAAAGUGGACUUCAACACUCGCAACCGAGCAUGCGAAAAUCGACAAAGAGUCUUUGGUUCGGCAGGGCUACGAACUGCUCGCUUCGACGGCCACAUUGAAAGCAUCGGUCAAUAAGAAUAGAGAAAGGAAGGAAGUGAAUGAAAGGAGUCUCACGAGCAUUGACGAGAUAAAACCUGAGAUGAGAUAUCUGGGAAAAGGCCUUGCGCUGUUCGAAGAGCAAGUCGUUUACGUGGAAAUGAGAGACUACCGGGGACCGCCGCUAGACUUCACUCAAGAGCAAAAGCAACGACUGAAGCAUCGUCGAAAGCGGGAGCGCUUCUUAUCAUCAUUGCCAUCGCAUAGAAAGCUUGAGUUGAGUCAGAUGGGCGAAUACAGCAGCAGCGACGACGAUGAACCGAUCGAGAGAGUCAGGCCAGCAGAUCCUAAGCUUCGCGCUCUCAUUAGAAAUUUCUUCGAUACUUUUCAAGGCGCUAAUAUGAUGAAGAAUGUAUACGGAUUGGAUAUCAUCGGUAUGAUCGACCACACCGAGGGCGACGAUAAAGGUCACUGUAGCAUUCUCUAUAGGCUCCCGGGCACGAUUGGCUUCCAGAGCCGCGAGCGGCCUGCGGAGAAUCUGAAGCUUCGCGCGCCUGUGACGCUGCAGUCACUACUUGGAACCCGGCAGAAAAGAGGCAUCCGAUCUAUGCUCGGUGCACGUUUCGAGCUAGCUAGAAAGCUUGUGCGUGCCGUUUGCCUCCUUCACUCCAGUGGCUGGCUGCACAAGAACAUACGCGCAGAGUCAGUCAUGUUCUUUCCCGAGCAUGUGAGUACACUCCAAGAGGAUCGAUACGAGGUCAAAAUUGAAAUCGAUGUCUCGAAGCCUAGCCUGAUGGGUUAUAUUUUCUCAAGGCCGGACGAUAUAAUUAUCCAAACAACUCCGCCCUCCACGCCUGCGUCUGCGCCUGCGCCAAGAAUGGAAGUGCCCUUCCAAAGACCACCAUCGCCGGACUACUCGGCGGGUACUUCGAUUUGGCGAAGUUCGAAAGGGGAGUCAGAGUUAAAGAGCCGGAAACGAGCUCCUCGAAGUGCCAGCAUAUACGGUCGCAACAUGCUAGGAAAGGUAGGCUCAAAUGGAGAGGCAGAAGAGGCAAACAUCAGUGGGUUUACACUGGACUAUUAUCAGCAUCCUGCGAAGCACGCAGAUCCUAAGCGUCUGUAUCGCCACGCAUAUGAUGUAUACUCUCUUGGGAUUCUUCUCAUUGAAGUCGGCCUAUGGAAGAAGUUGGAGAACGACGAUGACUCAUACUCAGACUCGGACUCGGACUCAGGGUAUAAAAGAAAUAUCUAUAAUGAUGAAGAGGAUCAUUAUGAGAGAAGGCGAAAGAUAUGUCGAAAGUAUCUGAACCGCUUAAGAUGGGAAUGCGGAGAUACAUAUGCGGACGUUGUUCUUAGUUGUCUUAUGAUUGAUAGCAGCGAUGACGAAGUAGCCAAGGCGAGCGAGCGGGAGCUUUGCGGAAGGAUUGUGGCUGACUUGGAGAACUGUCAAGCUUAG